AUGGAAAUCCUCGAUACCGCGAGCUCGGGGGCUCAUAUCGCAGGCAAUAUCAAGAACACGCCCAACAACCUCCGGAAACGAUCCUUCUUUUUCUCGUCCCGGACAUUAUCCAGUGCAAUCGAACACCUACCAACCGUCGAUGCGCGGAGACUGAGGAUCGAGAAACAUGUUGCGCUGGCUUUCUUGAUACCGCUGAAUUGCGUCUUAAUCUACAUGUUUGCAGAUUGGUCUAGAUUCUUUUGGUAUCUGUUUCCACAACUGAUGCUCCGAUCCAUCGUAGAUUUCAUUGAAAUCACCCUCGUUGUUAUCUUCUUCGUCAUACGACGAUUGUACCAGCGUCAACCAAAAAUUCCAGAGAAGCCAGAAAACUUUGUUUAUCUGCUCUGUUGCUACAACGAGUCGUACCCGGAGCUAAUGAUUUCAUUGGAUUCUUUGGCCGAGCAACAGUCACUAGAUGCUCACAAAAAAGCCAUCGUCGUAAUUUGCGAUGGUCGAGUCAGCAGCAAGGGCGAACCAAAGACAGCCGCCGCCUAUCUGAAAGAAGAUAUCGUUGAGCGACAUUCCAGUACACUCAUGGCUCAGGCUUACACUGCAUGGGACGGUGCUCCGAUGGAUGCUGAGAUCAUCAAGGGCGAAUUCAGAGGGAUUCCAAUCGUUUGUGUCAUCAAGAACGAAAACCGAGGAAAGCGAGACGGAAUCGUUCUUAUCCGAUCUUUCAUGCACAAGUUCAACCAGCGCCAUUCGAAACCCUCGUUGGCGAUGUUGUCACCGGAACUGUUCGCUGAAUUGACGAACUUUCUUGAGAAGGCCUCCAUCCUGUCCGUGGAUUAUGCUGUUGGAAUAGACGUGGAUACCAGGUUCGACCCGAAGUGCGUCUUCAAUCUCAUGCAGACUGUAAGAGAAGGCGAAGAGAUCAUGGGAGUGACUGGUUACAUUCGACCAGAUCCCAAAGUUUUGGGGCCAUUCUCCCUUUCUUACCUCUUCCAAAACGCCGAGUAUCUGAUUGGCCAGCACCGCCGUCGCCUCCGUCAAAGUCUCACUAGCAGGAAGGUGACAUGCCUGCCCGGAUGCUGUCAACUGUUGCGGGUCACCGAGUAUACCUGCGGCGAUCACAUCUUGGGCAAAUUUGGAUAUUAUCCGAAGGAUACCGAUGGCCUGUUCCGAACAAUCCGUUCCAUGAUGAGCGAGGACAGAGACCACGUGUGUCUGGUCCUCUCAGAGUACGCCCAUGUCCGGACACGUGUAUGCCUCUCUGCGCGAGCAUACACAUCAGCGCCGAACACCCCUUCGGUUUUCCUAAGUCAACGCCGUAGAUGGACGUUGGGGCCACUCACAAGCGACAGUCUCCUUGUCAGUCGUAGAUCAACAGGCUGGAUUGAGAGAGUAGCCGCGUUUGCUUCGGUACUGCAUUGGAUCGUCAACCCAGCGCUCUACCUUUCGAGAUACUAUCGACACCUUGACAACCAGACGAAGUCUUAUCUAUUUUUUCUGGAGAACUACCGACUGAUAUAUGACAUGCUCGUCAUCAUCACAGCCUCCGACUCAGUUCUUGAUGCCAUUCAGUCGUUCGUUGGGGCCGUCAUGUACGGCAUCUUUGCCCCGACAGUUAACUUUAUUACCCAACUGUACGUUCUGUACAAGUUGGACGAUUUCCGGUGGGGCAAGACGCGCAUAGGUGUCGUGGACAAAGCAGAGUAG